CUGGUGUUUGGGAACACAGAAUCUCCAGGAAAAUGGUCCCUUCUGUCUAGACCCACAGGGAAAUCAUGCAGUUAGAGGUUGGAAUAAGAAGAUAGAAAUGUAGCUAAUGAGCAGACAUAGGGAGCUGUAAAUAGCUCCUCAUCUCCAGUCUCUCAGCAUGUGUGACCUUGGACUGAAUGGGAACUGGUUGUUGCUUUUGGAACCCUUUGUUUGUGUAUGAGACCAAUGCUUGCCUCCUUCCUGCUGUCUUGUCUGAGGAGAGAGCUUCUUCCUCCAUUAUCAUCCAUCCAGGAGGCUGGACUUUCUUCACAGGGACUUCAAUCUCUUACAGCUGGAUCAGUCACCUGCACCAUAUGGAACCAGGCAAUGCUACACAAAUUUCAGAAUUUCUUCUCCUGGGAUUUUCAGAGACACAUGGACAGCAACCCAUUUUAUUUGGGCUAUUCCUCUGCAUGUACCUGAUCACUGUGUUGGGAAACCUGCUCAUCAUCCUGGCUGUCAGCUCAGACUCCCACCUCCACACCCCCAUGUACUUCUUCCUCUCCAACCUGUCCUUGGUAGACAUCUGUUUCACCUCCACCACCAUCCCAAAGAUGCUGGUGAACAUCCAGACACAGAGCAAAGUCAUCACCUAUGCAGGUUGCAUCACCCAGAUGUAUUUUUGUAUACACUUUGCAGUGUUGGAUGACUUCAUCCUUACUGUUAUGGCCUAUGACAGGUAUGUGGCCAUCUGUCACCCCCUGCACUACAUGGUCAUCAUGAAUCCCUGCCUCUGUGGGCUACUGGUUCUGGUGUCCUGGGUCAUUAGUAUUCUAAAUUCCUUGUUAGAAAGCUUAAUGGUGUUGGAUCUGUCCUUCUGCUCUGAUUUGGAAAUCCCCCACUUUUUCUGUGAACUCAAAGAGGUGGUCCAACUUGCCUGUUCUGACACAUUUCCUAAUGAUAUAGUGAUGUACUUUUUAGCAGGGCUGCUGGGUGGUGGUCCCCUGGCUGGGAUCCUUUAUUCUUACUCUAAGAUAGUGUCCUCCAUACGAGCAAUUCCAUCAGCUCAGGGGAAGUAUAAAGUAUUUUCUACCUGUGUAUCUCACCUCUCAGUUGUCUCCUUAUUUUAUGGUACUAGCCUAGGCGUGUAUCUGGGUUCUGCUGGUACCCACCACUCACAGUCAAGUGCAGUUGCCUCAGUUAUGUAUACUGUGGUCACACCCAUGCUGAACCCCUUCAUCUACAGUCUCAGGAACAAGGACAUAAAGAGGGCCUUGGAAAGAUUCCUUGGCAGGUAGGCAUUUCAAGGACCAAUUGUACGUGGCUGAAGAAGUGCCUAUGAAUCUUCAAAGUUUCAGAGCAAGAAAUUCUGCCACAUGUUAAUACAAUCUUUGGACCGUAGAUAAUUAGAAAUUCUCAUUAUCUCAUGAGUUAACAUGUAUUACAUUAACAUAAUUUAUUCUCUUAUGACAUAUAUCAUUCCAAUAUUUAUGGAGUUUUACUGAAAAAAUAGUGAUGGAUUAUACCACUUGUAUGGACUAAACUACAUUUGGAUACUGAGGUCAUGUAUAUAAUUUUGUUGUAGAGGAACAUCUGAGGCCACAGUUUUCACUUACAUGGUCAUCAUUAUUUUCUAUAGCACUACCUUUACUAUCCUUCUUGAUAAUGUAGACUUGAACAUGCUGGUAGGUUUUAUAGCUGGUCUCCUGGUUUUAUAUACUUCAUUCUGUUAUUCAGCUGUGUGUCCACAUGCCUACAUAGACCCUGGAAAAAACUGACUAUCAAAUCCAUGUUUCCAAGAAGAGUCUACUAAGAAAUAUACAUUUUAGUAAAUAGACUGAUGUAAUAUGUAACAGAUGACCAUACACAUAAUGAAGCAAAAAGAGCCAGACAACUUAUUAUUAUACAGAAUAUUUUUCAUGCUGCACAUCUACUCAUUGAAGUGUGGAAUAUGAUGUCCAUGUGUGAGGAGUGAAGAAUUACUUGGAGUGUUUUGUGUUUUUUCCUGAAUUAUUUUUAUUUUGCUUGAAAACUUUCAGUGUGCUCCCUCCAAAUGGGGCUGCUUCUAGUACUCUAAAUGAAAUGUCUCCCCUUUUCCAAAUGUUUCCAAAUCCACCAAAGGGACAGUGAUUGACCAAUAUGAAUAUCAUACAAUAUAUAUCUCCUUUAUGCUCAUGAUAUCUUCUGUUUUUAUGAUCAAACGAUGAAUCACACAGGCAUUAAAAUCUUGCCCAGUCAUAUGAAAAAGGAUUACCAAUUUUUCUGCACAAAUGUACACAUAAUUCCACCCUGUCCUGACUGCCUGGAAGGGAACCUCAGUGUACUUGCUUUUAUGCAGUUAUCUGAAAUACAUUUGAGUAAAAAUAUGAUUGUAAGUAAAGGUAAAAAUAUGUUUAAUGAGCUCAUGUGGAAAUUUCACUCUAGAGGGUCAAACCCUCUGAAUAUGAACACCACCACCACUGCUCCUGGCCUCAGGCUUGCAAUUUAUAGGCUGAAAAUCAAUAAAACUUUUCCUUCCAGAUUUCUGGAGUACAGGGACUUAACUCUUGGAUUAACAGAGCUAGGGAGCUCUUCCUUUUCUUGUACCAUCUCUUUGGGCUUCCUCAUGUAGGUAGUGCUUUUUUUAUUGGUCUGCUCUUCACAUACUCAUAACGAUUCCCAAUCUGAUACAUGUAUUUGCUGGGGGUGGGGUGCCUGAUGGAAACAGGUGGCGUUUGAAGUGCAGAUACAACAGAGAAUGGAAUUUGAAAGAGGAUGGGUCAUGGCUGCAUAAAUUCCACAGUGAAUAUCCUGAAUGUGAUGGCUGAGGAGAGAUGAGAAUCUCUGGAGACUGUAAGGUACCUGUCAGGGAGGGCAGUAAGUGAUGUCACAAGUUUCCAUCCAUGCCAGGUUCCUUUCUGGUGGAGGGCAGGUUCUGUGACCACUAAGUAUUUACUUAUGCAGAGAAAAAUCUCUGAAUUUUUUAUUUCUUCUUUCUAUGGUAUUUUAGGUGUCUAUAUUAAUGAUUAUCUUCUGAAGUCUUCUAAUUUCUGAAUGCUUU